GAGGACAACAAAAUGCAACUGAAUUUUUCUUGGAUUAUAAAACUAUGGAAUCAAACAAAGACAGACAAGACGCCAGCUUCAAAUUCCAUUGCUUUGCUGGACUUGAAUGAGCAUUGUUUGCGACAUAUUGGACGUUUUCUGUCAAUGGAAGAUGCCUAUUCGUUUGGACAUACCUGCACACAACUGUUUGAAAUUAUGUCGAAAUUACGCGUACCCGUGACGAUAAGGGAUUCGAAUGAUUUCAGAUAUCUGACUUUUUUUAAAGCAGCAGCUAGCGAUUUGACGGUGGACACGACAGCAGAGGGUCGAAAAUCCACUGAUCUUAAUCAAAGAAAAUUGUUAUCAAUCAUGGAAACGUGUCCGAAAAUCACCAAUUUAAAAUUAUUGUCCUUAAAUUCAAUUAUUCUGAGUAGCAAAUGGUUCAACAACAUUGCUCAUAAAUUAUUACAUCUGUCCUUGAUAGAAGUACCUAAAAUCUGUUGGCCGAAGUUUAUUGAAUCAAUGAGAGAAUGUGAAAAUCUUACCAAUCUCUACAUUGCAGAUUAUGAAGAAACUUUCAGGUUUUAUUCGGAUGAGCUGGAAGAGCUAUUUUCCAUUGAAUUCCCCAAAUUAAAAGUUUUCUGUUUCGAUGCUCUUUUCGACAGUACAUUUGUACCAAUAAACACAUUACUCCGUCACAAUAAUCGAUUGAAAUCAAUUGAAAUAGCUGCACCUUUAUUUGAAGUGUAUCUGGAUGCUUUACUAUUGUGUCCAAACUUGGAAAAAGUCACACUUCAUCACGAAAAAUCAGUGGUGGAAGUAAAUUUGAUGGCAAAGUUAUUGGCUCUAAAUAAAUUACCCGCGUUAAAGUAUACAUCAUUGAAGUUUCCUAUGCAUGUUAACACAAGCCUAACACCAAUGGUACAACGGAUCCAAUCUAUAAAAGAACUGAUUAUAACGUGUACGCUAUGUGAAAAUUUCAUUCAAGAUAUUUUUCGCUGUCCCCAAAUCACAUCGUUGCAAUUAAUUAUUUUGUUACCUCUCAACACUACGUCCCUCAUUUCCUUCAUAAAAGAUGUAUUUUUAUCUCGGAACGGGUUUCCGAAAGUUGUACAACGAUUACGAUAUCAUGAGCAGAGUUUAAAAAAAUUAACGAAAUUAGACCUAUCCCACGUCAUAACUAUCAUCGUCACAAACAAUGAUUUAACUGAGUUCAUCAAAUUCAUAAUAAAUUGUCCAAAAAUUGAAUUGAUCGAAUUUGAUCGCUGCUUUCCUAUUGAUCGCUUUUACAAACAACUAUUGAAAUACGAAAAGAAUUUCGGCCACCAUGCCAGAGAAAAGACAUUGCAUUUGACGAUUGAUUCCAUGCAAUGGAUUCCUGGCUAUUCCGAUGGUAGACGAACUCAUAACAUUAUCGUAGAAGACCGUCAUGGUCAUGAAGUCAACAAAUCAAUUUCUAGCAUUAUCUGGUGUGUUUACGAGAACAUAUUUCGUGAAACACCAUUAUUAUCUCUAUGCAUGGCCUUUUUUGCAAUUAAUAAUUUGAUAAUCAAUUUAGUAUAG